UGCCUGGUAUUGGAAAAGGAUAAAGACAGUGUUGAAUGUCUACGAAGCACUGUAUUACCAAGUACAAAUUAAUAGACAAACACAGUUUUUACAGAAGUUUACCCAGAGACUUCGCAGUGGGUCCACAACGCAAAAAUACCCUAAGCGAAUUUUGCAAAAUCUACCUCCAGCUAAUUUUCGGCCACUCGAACUUCGCUCGAACUUUUCAACCUCCUCGAGACGACAAUCGCGAAGUCAUACUAACAGCCAACAUCCGCCAGCACAAUCACAAUGGGUCCCAAGGUUCCUGCGAAGAAAGGCGGUGCCUCCAAGGCGCCGAAGGGUCUGAAGCAAGCCAAUGCUGCUGCUAAGGCUGCCCUCCGAGGCGACAACUCGCACAAGAAGCGCAAGGUUCGCACCUCGACGACCUUCCACCGCCCCAAGACCCUCCGGCUCUCGCGCUCGCCCAAGUACCUCCGCAAGUCGGUUCCCCAUGAGCCCCGUCUGGAUGAGCACAAGAUCAUCAUCCACCCGCUCAACACCGAGAGCGCCAUGAAGAAGAUCGAGGAGAACAACACCCUCGUCUUCAUCGUCGAUGUCAAGUCCAACAAGGCCCAGAUCAAGCAGUCCCUCAAGAAGCUCUACGACAUCGACACCGUCAAGAUCAACACUCUUAUCCGACCUAAUGGCUCCAAGAAGGCUUACUGCCGUCUGACCGCUGACGUGGACGCCCUCGACAUUGCGGCUACCAAGCUCGCCCUUGUUUAAAUUAGCAGCUACGAGAGGGGGAUACCUGAUUCGCGCGGUGGUUCGGCAAUGAUUUGGCAAGUGAUGACAUGGCAGAUUGUGCUGAUUAGAUGCACAUUCUCGAGUCCGGGUGGACUAUAUGCAUAAAGGCCGGCGUUGCGUUGCCUAUGGAUGGCUAGGCUUAUGAGAUCAACGGAAAAGAAUUGAUUUCUCAGACACGAA